AUGAAAAGCGAAAAAGCAUUAAACUUGAUUUGUUGUAAUAAAAAAUCAAUCAACAAUUUACAAAACAGUAAUAACACUGCCCGAAUUGGAUCAAAUAAUAGAAGGACCUCAAUAACAUUAAAAGACUUGAGCAGUGGAAAAAAGGAUUUGAAAUUGAUGUAAAAAAAGUAAGUUACUAACUCAAAAGGAUUUCUUUCUUUUUGCAAGAGUUCUAAAACUUUAAUCAAAUAAAAAAGCGAUGAGCAUUUAAAAAUACCACAACCAAGUGUUCAAAGAAAAUCUGCCAAAGAAAUAGAUGGUUAAUAGAAUCUCAAAGAAGGUGAUACCUACAAGUCUAUAUCACCUAAGGUUGUGUUCAACGACGAUAAAAUCAAUGUUUACUUUGUAAAAGAAGUCAGUAAAUACCAUAUUAAUACUGAAACAAAAUCAAGAAAAGAUUAAACAAUAAGCACUGAAAAUACUCUAAUUUUAUAAGAAAUUUAAUAGUAAAGGGUCUAUUUGAAAACAUCUCAGCAAUUGCCUGCAACAUCAGGAAACAAGUAAAUUUUCUCUAACAUACCCAAAAGUAUGUUAAGUAAUCAUAAAAGCUUCAUUUCUCAAUCAGCCAAAAAAAUAUAGGAUUUAAAAUUUCACAAAUGA